AGGUGGGCGUUAUUUAUUCUUCCAGCAUCCAUCCUGGUCACWCUGUGUUUCCUCAUAUUCGCUCUUUUCGAGACCACUGACCAGUACAAGUAUGUCCAUAGCGUUGGUCACGUGUUCCUUGGAAUUGGCAUUGCCCUCCUGUUACCCAAUCACCGUCAUCGUAUCAGUCAUUAUGACGUAUCUAGGCAACUGAGUGAUGAGGCCAGAGCUCAAUCAGUGAAUUCCAGAUCGCCAUUGCUGGUUGGUCGUGUUCGUCAUGUGUGAAAUAGUAUGGUAUUGUAGCACUGUAGACGGUCGCUUAGCCACUAGAAAAUGUACUCCAACCCCUUAAACAUCACUUGCUUGAGUUUGCGAUACGACUGAAGGUCUAGAUGUAUGGUAGGUGUAUUGUAGGUGUAUGGUAGGUGUAUGGUAGGUGCAUGGUAGGUGUAUGGUAGGUGUAUGGUAGUCUAGGCGUGCCAUAGUUUAGUAGAAUCACUUGUAGUCAUGGUAACUGUAUCGUUAAAUUAAGCAACAAAUCGAAAAAACCCGCUAUCGCUUAAGUUGCCUACCAGAGAAGUAGCGUACUGAAAGUAUAGAAGAUACUCUGUGUAUGGUGUUUAAUGAGGAAGUUCCACUUGACUUCAGUGACAUGAGUAUCAUCAUCAUAUUUCCCCAUCCACUGCUACAGUGGGUUGGGUGCCGAGGAUUCGCUUCAACAUCGGCGUGAACUGUUCUUUGUCCUGCAUCUGCCUUUGGAUUUGUUCAUUGGAUAGUCCAGUAAGGCUCUCAUUUCAUUCCCAUAUAUCACGACUGUAAGGUCUUUUAUUACUGCGAAACAGGAUCUGUUUUUGUAAUGCUGAGUUUGGUAGUCUUGUUACAUAUACUUUAGGUGUUGAAAUAGAAGUUACGGAUUGGCAUCGAGCGGGUGAGCAUAUGACAUGCCAUUUGACGUAAUGGAGUAAAACUCCACGAAUAAAAACCGAACAAUUAAGAACCCCAUAGGCUAAAAUAUUAAGGAAGGUUCUUGUAAAAAUAAAUUAAAGUAUUCUCAGCACUAUAUUUUGUAUGAUUGACGUAGCUUUGUUUGUUAGUCAAAUCAAUAAAAGAUUGAUGAGCAAUG